UUGAUCUAACGAAUCUCAAGCAACGCACCACCGUGGAUGUACUAUUCAGAAUGCACAUCAGAUUCUUAGUUUGCUAUUAACAGUGCCUGAAAAAUUGGGACUAAGGCUACUACUAGUUUUAGGCUACUUGUGAUUAUGUCCUUCAUAAAUCCUCCUCCUUGGUUUAGAGAUGCUGCGUCUACCCACAGUAAUGAGACAGGUGAGGCCCGUCUGCAGGGCCCUGGCCCCCCACCUCACCCGGGCCUAUGCUAAGGACGUCAAGUUUGGAGCUGAUGCCCGGGCCAUGAUGCUGAAGGGUGUGGAUCUGCUGGCUGAUGCAGUUGCCGUCACCAUGGGACCCAAGGGCCGCACAGUUAUCAUCGAGCAGAGCUGGGGCAGCCCCAAGGUGACAAAGGAUGGCGUCACCGUAGCCAAGGCCAUCGACCUGAAGUGCAAGUACCAGAACAUUGGUGCCAAGCUGGUCCAGGAUGUGGCCAACAACACCAACGAGGAAGCUGGUGAUGGAACCACCACAGCCACUGUGCUGGCCAGGGCAAUUGCCAAGGAGGGCUUUGACAGCAUCAGUAAGGGAGCUAACCCUGUGGAGAUCCGCCGAGGCGUCAUGCUGGCUGUGGAGACUGUUAUCGCGGAGCUAAAGAGAAUGUCCAAGCCAGUCACCACACCUGAAGAGAUUGCCCAGGUGGCCACCAUCUCUGCUAAUGGCGAUGUGGAAGUGGGCACCAUCAUUUCCAACGCCAUGAAGAAAGUGGGCCGUAAGGGAGUCAUAACCGUCAAGGAUGGUAAAACCAUGUACGAUGAGCUGGAGAUCAUCGAGGGGCUUAAGUUUGACCGUGGAUACAUCUCCCCUUACUUCAUUAACACAGCCAAAGGCCAGAAAUGCGAGUUCCAAGAUGCCUAUUUGUUGCUGAGUGAGAAGAAGAUCUCUACUGUCCAGAGCAUCGUCCCAGCCCUGGAACUGGCCAACCAGCACCGUAAACCCCUGGUCAUCGUGGCUGAGGAUGUGGACGGAGAGGCACUCAGCACCCUGGUCCUUAACCGGCUGAAGGUGGGGCUGCAGGUGGUGGCAGUGAAGGCACCAGGCUUUGGAGACAACAGGAAGGCCCAGCUGCAUGACAUGGCUGUUGCCACCGGGGGCACUGUGUUUGGGGACGAUGCAGUGGGCCUUGCCCUGGAGGAUAUCCAGGCCCACGACUUCGGCAAGGUCGGCGAGGUGUCCGUGACCAAGGACGACACCAUGCUGCUGAAGGGGAAGGGAGACGCGGCGGCCAUCGAGAAGCGCCAGGCCGAGAUCGCCGAGCAGCUGGAGAACACCACCAGUGACUACGAGAAGGAGAAGCUCAACGAGAGGCUGGCCAAGCUGUCUGAUGGAGUGGCUGUGCUCAAGGUGGGAGGAACAAGCGACGUGGAGGUGAACGAGAAGAAGGACCGCGUGACCGACGCUCUGAAUGCCACGCGGGCUGCUGUGGAGGAGGGGAUCGUGCCCGGCGGAGGCUGUGCCCUGCUGCGCUCCAUCCCUGCUCUGGAUGCCCUGGUGCCCAUCAACGCCGACCAGAAGAUUGGCAUUGACAUCAUUAGACGAGCCCUGCGGGUGCCAGCCAUGACCAUUGCUAAGAAUGCUGGUGUGGAGGGUUCCCUUGUGGUGGAGAAGAUCCUCCAGGCCACGGCGGAGAUUGGCUACGACGCCAUGGAGGGAGAGUACGUCAACAUGGUAGAGAAGGGCAUCAUCGACCCCACCAAGGUGGUGAGGACUGCACUAAUGGAUGCCGCUGGUGUAGCCUCCCUGCUGUCCACCGCUGAGUGCGUCGUCACAGAGAUGCCCAAGGAGGAGAAGGAGGCUGGCAUGCCAGGGGGAAUGGGCGGCAUGGGCGGUAUGGGAGGCAUGGGCGGCGGCAUGUUCUAAGGCCCACCUCGAAUGUCUCUACAGACUUAAGGGCGAGGGGGGCAAGCUGUCCUCUGACCCCCAGAUCUGCCCAAAUGACUGGCUGUGAGUUUGUUGGAGCUGCAAAUGGAAGAAGCCCACUACUGCUGAUUGUCUCCAUCCACCUCAUCUGGAAGAUCAGACCAGCCUUGCCCGUCCUCACCCAGCCUCUCUCUGUUCCUCUAUCCCCCCCGCCGGAGGCUCUGACAGACCCCGGCCCACCCCAUGUUUACAGUGCAAACAUGGCUCUCCAUCAACAUGCAGAAUAGUUGUGAAUAAAGUGCCCGGAUAUUCACUGUCUCUUCUGAAAAAUGCUCACCAGUGAGUCUUGUCUGCAAGUCCUGAGGUUUGGAAGAUAAGGCUGUAUAGAUUCUAUAAAGAGUUAUGUAGAGAGGGUUGCUGGUUAAAGGAAUUUUGGCAGCAAUUACGUCAUGUUGUUGUAAUGUUAAUUUCAGUUGUCUUUUUUUAUAUCUGUUUUGUCCUGGUUCACCCACAAUGUUGGAAGGGACUGUAACAUUUUAGUUAAUUAAAACUACAAUGAUUGCUACGCAUGUGCUUUCUGUGAGUUUCUGUGAUUUCCAUACUAAAAUGUUCUGGGACUGUUGGUCGCCUGGAGCUGAACGAUAAACACCAAUUUUACUAAGCAACAAGACCAGAUUUGAUUGAGUGCCUAGUUUACAACAGUAACGGUCACCAUUAGGUUCUGUCUUCAGCAGUGGUAUGUCAUUUGGAAGGGAUGGCUAAAUAUUGUACAUAUUAUAAGCAGCUGAAUGUUUUGGCAGAGCAAGGAAGGGGGGGUGUUUUCAGAGAUUGACUGGGUAUGAUGGGAGGUUGGUUGGGCCUCUAGUUACACAGCAGUUUGGGCCAAAGGUCCCUGCCACAAGUUGAAAUGUGAAACCAUAGUCCUCAUGAUCCAUUUGUGCUUUCUGCUCAUUACCUUAAGAUAAUCUGCUUGAUCAACGUCUCACAGCGGUGUGUGCACAAGUGCAUUGCUGUCCCACAAAGUAAAUGGUAUAUUUCUUUGAAAACAACCAUGUGAUCAUUCAAUGUUUUGUACAAUGUUGGCAAUAUGGGAUUUGAUUUUAUUUAAUAAAAUGUUGUAAAGGAA